AUGGACGCUCAGCUGCAAAACCUUCGCAACCGGAUGAAGGCGCGUGCAGUAUUCAACAAUAUGCAAUCCGGCUCUCUCUUUGUCGCUUCACAAGCGGACGGUGGUAGUCCAAACUACCCACCCGUGGCGGUGCCCACGGGCCAGGGAGAAACGGUGGAGUUCGAUCCUGCCGCCGCGACGCCGCAGGUGGACGAGGACCCUGUCCCGGACGCUCCCACAGGGACAGUGCUCGCGGUUAAGCACCUGCACGAAGUGUUUGAUCAGAUGAAGCACGAGUACAUCAUCAAGCCUGCGCCCGCAGAGUCUGCCAACGAGAGCAAGCGGGACAGCUCGAAGUACGCGGCGUAUGCGUUCACUGUGAUUCGGCGCUUCAUUCCCACGGGCCAGCUCGGGGCCAAAACGUAUAACGUCACUACUUUCCUCGAGAUACACAGCACGCAAUUGGUGGAAGUCGGGAAGGAAGUCAUUGGACAGACGCAGGGCAUCUCGUGGACUGCGAAGCCGCUUCGUAUCAACCCUCAGAUUCUCCUCGGGUGGCUCCCGGAGCUGAAGGCGCACCUUGAAGCUCUGACGGCAAAGGUUGAAACUGAACCGGAAGACUCGCCUCUUGGCCUCAAACACGCUCACCUGACCCACCUUAUCGACUACCUCACUACCACACAUGCGUCGAAGCUCGGCUCGCUCGCAUCCCUACUCGCACACGACGAGAUCACGUUCGACAUGCUCUGGGCGCUCUAUGUGCCGCGCAAGACGAUUCUCUACACCCUAUGCCCCGUCACGGACGAGCCGCGCGCAGUGCGUCUCACACACGCGGAGCUGUGCCAGAAGCUCGAUCCGCAGGGUGCGGUGCCCGCCGCGCACGACCCCACGGGACUGAUAGUCGGUCGGCAGGACGGCGCGCAGAACAUGCAGUACAUCUGGCGGCUCGUCGUCGACUAUGUCGAGGCGGACAUCGCCGACGCGAGUGAUGUGCGCCGGCGGGACGCACCGCCCGGCUUCGGUUAUUCCGGCCUUGGGGUCGUCUUGGACAUCCCGACGUUCACCGGCACGAAGAAGAUUUCGGAGCUGCCCGUGUUUCCUAUCGAGUACUACGCGGGACCGGGAGGCGUCGAGGGCUUGAAGGCGCGGUUGAUUGCUCGCGGGAAGAAGUGGGCGAACGUCGCAGGAGGCGUGCAUCACCUUUUCUAUCACGGUAUCGCGUCCAGAUGGCACACCAAAUCGUAUGUCAAGCAUAGCGUCAGGUCUCGAAUUAUGAUCGAUCGAAAGACCUUCGCGGAUACGGCUCCGAACUACCCAAGGUUCCCGUUUGUGACCAAGACGCUGGAUGGGAAGGAGAUCGACAAGCAUGCGCGGCGCGCUGGCGUCUCUGCAGAGGGCCAGACAAGUUCCGAGGCCCGCGAGCUGACUGACGACGAGCUUUUGCUCACGACGCCUAUCGUGUAUGGUUUCAGUCUCGCAGACAAACAGUGGAUGGAAUUUGUUGUAGAGCAAGUCACGCCUUUCGAGUGGAACGACGAGGCGUUCGAACAAUUGGUUAUCCCGGCACAGCACAAAAUGGUACUCAAGACGCUGGUGGACACCUACAAUACUGGGUCCACUACGAAGUUCGAUGACUUCAUCUCUGGGAAAGGUCUUGGCCUCGUCAUUAAUCUGUUCGGCAACCCUGGUACUGGCAAGAGUCUUACUGCGGAGGCCAUGAGCGAACAUGUUCGCAAACCUCUCUACGUCGUCGGAGCAGCAGACCUUGGCACGAACGCGGAAGCCGUAGACGCGAACCUGACCACUGUCUUUAAGAUCUCUGCAGCCUGGGGAGCCGUGGUCCUCAUCGAUGAGGCUGAUGUAUUCCUAGAGGAACGUUCUCUCCAAUUCCUGGAACGUAAUGCCAUGGUCGCCGUCUUCCUGAGACAACUAGAAUACUUCCGCGGAAUCCUCUUCCUGACGACCAACCGUGUCCGCGUGUUCGACGAGGCUUUCCAAUCUCGUAUCCACGUUUCCCUCCGCUACCAGGACCUCACGCCCUCCGCCCGCCGCCAGAUAUGGGUUGCCUUCAUGGCCAAGGUGAACGGAGCCUUGCCGAAUGGAGGCCUCUCUUCAGAGGAGCUGCGCGAGCUCGGCGAGAAGAAAAUCAACGGGCGCCAGAUCAAGAACGUCGUGAAGACCGCCGGCGCGCUUGCCGUGGGUCGACAGGAGAAGUUCGGUUACGCCCACUUGAGGCAAGUCCUGGAUCUCAUGGAGCAAUUUGAUACCAGUCAUGCGAUGUAUCAAUAG